AUGUCUCUGUACAGUCACUUGAACUUGGACUGCGAGAUGACGAGCUCGAGGUUCACGUGCAAAGAGUGCGACGGCGUCUUUAAGAGACGCUUCACGCUGAAAAGUUUCUUCUUUUUAGACGGCAAUCGUGUGUGUCCGCAGUGUCUGAAGGUGUACAAAAACGAAAACACCCUGCACGUGCAUCAGGCCUUCGACUGCGGCAAAAUGAAGACGUACUCGUGCACCGUUUGCAGCUACCAAAGCAAACGCAAGUACAACCUGAAGCAGCACUUCUUCAAGCGACAUCCCACAUCGAAUCCGUAUUACUGUAGAACCAAGGUGUCUUGUCCGAAAUGCAAUUUGGUGUGUUCGACGAAGAAGAUCCUGUACGCCCAUUUGGCCAAACACUGCGUAAAGUCACCGACCAGCAGCGAGUUUGUGGCGUGCGACGUGAAACCAGAUCCGCUCGAAAUCGACCAAUAA